UUUUUUUAUAAAAGUUUUAUUAUCGAUGUAUGUUCGAUUUUGAAAAAUUAAACUUGAAAAUUGAACCAAAGCAAUAAUUAGAAAAGCCAUGAUCUCUAGUGAUUUAUCCUGAUGUUAGUGGAAAUGUAGAUCAUUAGGAUCGCGUAAUUAUUCAGUUAUAUAUUUAUUGUAAAAAGAUUUGAGCGGGAUUCGACUGGUAGAAUAGAAUGACAGCCGAUGAAGAGAGUGAACCAUUAAUACCAGCAACGAACGCUGCUUCUGGUAGUAAUAAGCAGCAACAGAGAGUCUCCUACCAUGCGAUUUUGUUUGAAAAUAAUGAACAACUUACGCCGGAAGGUGAAAGUCCAGAGGCGACUUUAUGCAUGGAAUCUAUUUUCCAUUCAUCGACCAGAAUAUCACAACUAUGCGGUACUCCGAAUGACAAAAUUACAUACACGUGGAGCGACGUAAAUGUAUACGUUACUGCAAGAAAGGACAGAAUAUGGGACCGUGCCCUUUUUAGAAGUAAAAGGCCACUGGAACAAAGGCAUAUAUUAAAGGACGUAUCUGGAGUAGCCUAUCCUGGUGAACUGUUAGUAAUCAUGGGAUCAUCGGGUGCAGGAAAGACGACCUUAUUGAAUGCGUUAACUUUUCGAUCUGGUCCUGGUGUCACAAUAUCGGGAUUGAUGGCCGCCAAUGGUAAAAGAGUGUCAUCGAAAGUCCUAACAUCCAGAACAGCGUAUGUACAACAAGACGAUCUUUUCAUCGGUACUUUGACUGUCAAAGAACAUUUGCUUUUUCAAGCAAUGGUUCGUAUGGACAAACACAUAUCUUUAGAGCAAAGAAAAAAAAGAGUUAACGAGGUCAUUAACGAGCUUGCUCUAACGAAGUGUAGGAAUACAAUAAUUGGGACGCCGGGUCGCAUGAAGGGUCUCUCGGGUGGUGAAUUGAAAAGACUCUCUUUUGCUUCGGAAGUUCUUACUGAUCCACCUUUGAUGUUUUGCGAUGAACCGACUUCCGGUCUUGAUUCUUUUAUGGCGCAUCAGGUUGUCUCUGUUCUGAAAGCCUUAACAGCCCGUGGUAAAACAAUCGUUGCAACGCUACAUCAACCAUCCUCCGAAUUAUUUACCCUUUUUGAUAGAAUUCUGUUGAUGGCCGAGGGAAGGGUCGCUUUCAUGGGUACAGCGACGCAAGUUUGCGACUUCUUUAAAACAUUAGGAGCUGCCUGUCCUAGCAAUUACAAUCCUGCCGAUUACUUCAUUCAAGUUCUUGCCGUAGUGCCUGGACGAGAAGCAUCAUGUAGGCACUCGAUAAACACAGUUUGCGAUACUUUUCAAAAGAGCGAAUAUGGAAUGAAAAUAGCUUUGGAAGCUGAAACAGUGAAUGGUGAAUUUGAGAAUUCUCUUAAAGAGGGAAUGUAUUUGGAUAAUAUGAGAUCACCCUAUAAAGCCUCAUGGUGUGAACAGUUUCGUGCUGUAUUAUGGAGAUCUUGGCUUGCGGUGAUAAAGGAACCGAUCCUCAUCAAAGUCCGCCUUUUGCAGACUAUUUUAGUUUCGUUGUUAAUUGGUAUCGUCUAUUUUAAUCAACGGUUGGAUCAGGACGGUGUAAUGAACAUCAACGGUGCACUUUUCAUUUUUCUGACAAAUAUGACCUUCCAGAACGUUUUUGCUGUGAUUAGUAUCUUUUGUGCUGAACUUCCGGUAUUCUUAAGAGAACACCGUAGUGGCAUGUAUCGCACGGACGUUUACUUCAUUUGUAAAACAUUGGCAGAAGCACCAAUUUUUAUAGCUGUUCCUUUAUUAUUUACAAUAAUCGUUUACCCAAUGAUUGGUUUAUAUCCCGGUGUGGAUCAUUUUUUUAUUACCGCUGGCAUUGUAACUCUUGUAGCGAAUGUUUCUAUUUCGUUCGGCUAUCUCAUAUCAUGUAUUAGUAGCAACGUCUCAAUGGCUCUCUCGAUAGGACCUCCAGUGAUAAUACCUUUUUUAUUAUUUGGCGGAUUUUUCUUAAAUGCAGGAUCCGUGCCACCAUACUUUGAGUGGCUCUCAUAUUUGUCCUGGUUCCGAUAUGGAAACGAAGCUCUUCUUAUUAAUCAAUGGGCAGAUGUAGAGGCAAUAGAAUGUACCAGAAGUAAUUCGACCUGUCCAAAAAGUGGACGUAUGGUUCUUCAGAUGUAUAAUUUCAAACAGGAAAAUUUUUGGAUGGAUAUAGUUUGUUUAUUCUCUCUGAUCAUAGUGUUUCGUUUUCUAGCGUUUAUUGCUCUGUUAUCGAAGACACGUCGUCCUAAAGUUUAUAACGCUAUCCACAAAUAUAAUCGAGGGGUUAGCGAAGCAUUUCAAGACUCGUGUGGUCUGUUCAGUACCGCUACAGUACCGCUCAGGGUAGUGACAUAUAAAAAAAAAAAAUCUAAAAUUAUUCGAAAAGAUCUAAUAAUAGGUUCUUCACAUUUUUCCAAACUAGAUAAUAUACAAAGGUUUAUAAAAAUAUCGAACGAUCGUUUAAAAUUUGCGAUUAUCAUCAUGACGAACGAUCAAUUGAUCGAUAUGACUGUGAUAAAGAAACCAUUAAUUCUGAAAUCAUCAAGCAGUAAAGAUUCAUCCGGAGCAACACUUUUUUGGCGAAAUCUUUCUGUAUAUGCGAUGGAUCGUGAUCGAAAAACCAUAAACAAACAACUUAUAAACAACGUGCGAGGAGUGAUCAAACCUGGAGAUCUAACGGCGAUAUUAGGAGGCAGUGGAUCUGGGAAAACAUCGUUGAUGACAGCAUUGGCACUUCGUACCGGACCUGGUAUUGUGGUGCAUGGCGAUAUUCGUGUGAAUGGUGUUCCAGUUGGAUCGUCUUAUAUGAAAUACCACAGUGGUUUUAUGCAUCAAGAAGAUAUGUUUAUUGGAACGAUGACCGUUUUGGAACAUCUAUGGUUUAUGGCUCGAAUGAAAUUCGACAGAAGGGUACGAAAUCGAGAAAUUCGUGGAAAAAUAGAAAGUUUAUUACGCGACGUUGGUUUGAUCUACAGAUGUAACGUUCGUAUCGGUAAUAAUGACGAUGGAAAGAUUUUAUCGGGUGGAGAAAAGAAAAGGCUCGCUUUUGCAACAGAAUUGCUUACAGAUCCAAAGAUAUUAUUUUUAGACGAACCAACAACGGGACAAGAUGCACAUUCUGCUAGCGUUUUGAUAUCAGAAUUAACAUCAUUUGCAGCGAAAGGUCGGACAGUUUUAUGUACCAUACAUCAACCGAGUUCGGCCAUUUUUGAUUGUUUUCGUCGAAUUAUACUUGUUGCCGAUGGAAGAAUUGCAUUUGCUGGUACCAGUGAACAAGCUAUUCGAUUUUUUGCAAGUCAAGGUUACAAAUGCCCACAAACUUAUAAUCCCGCUGAUUUCCUUGUUGCAACUCUUGCAAUUGCUCCAAGGGAUGAGGACAGUAGCAGAAGAACUGCACAAAGAAUUUGUGAUGCUUUUCUCACAAGUGAAGCAUGCAAAGAAGUGGAUGUUAACAUACAAUUGGAAUUGCAUAUAGCUAAAACCUAUCAUUGGAGAAAUGACAUUUCAUGUACAAAUGAAUUCAAGCAAUUACAAUGUUGGUUGAAGCUUUUUUGGAUGGUCCAUCGUGGUUUUAUGCAAGUGUUAAGAGAUCCAUCAUUACAGCUAAUCAGAAUGUUUCAAAAAUUGUGUCUAGCAACAAUGGCUGGACUUUGUUUUGUGGGUGCAGUGAAUUUGGAUCAACUUGGAAUACAAGCUGUACAGGGUGUUAUUUUUAUUUUGGUUUCUGAAAAUGCAUUUUUUCCAAUGUAUGCCACUUUAUCUUUAAUACCACAAGAACUCCCACUUUUUCUCAGGGAAUACCGUGCUGGAAUGUAUUCUAUUUAUCUUUAUUACUUUGCAAGAAUAUUAUCUUUGAUACCUGGACUAAUACUGGAACCAAUAUUAUUUACAACAAUAGUUUAUUGGCUUUCUGGAUUACGUGCAACAACUGAUGCUGUGGUUUUAACCAUAAUGAUUAUUAUAGUCACAAUGAAUGUAUCAACUGCUUGUGGAUGUUUCUUUUCUGUGGCAUUUGAUUCUGUACCAUUAGCAAUGGCAUAUUUGGUGCCAUUCGAUUAUAUUCUUAUGGUCAGCAUGGGUCCUUUUAUCAAGUUAAGUACUUUAUCAAUUUACGUACGUUGGAUAAGAUAUAUUUCAUGGCUGUUGCAAUCGACAGAGGCUCUCUCUAUUAUUCAAUGGAGAGGUGUACAUAAUAUAUGUAAGAUAAAUACAUAUGUACUUUUUUUUUUUAAUAAUUAUAAAUCCUUAUUUUUAAACUCUAAAUACUAUUUGCUUUUAGCUUGUGAAAGUGUUAAUGAAGAUUUACCUUGCAUGACAGAUGGAUCAGUAGUAUUGGAAUAUUAUGAUUUUGAUGAGAACAACUUUUGGAUGAACAUAAUAUCUAUGAGUAUUAUUUAUAUUGCAUUUCAUAUUUUUGGUUAUGUUUUACUUCGAAGACGAUGCAAAUCAAUUUGAUUUAAUCAAGUGUACAUUGCGGAUUUGUAAAGAUAUCAAGCAUCAUUGCAGAUAUUGUAAGGGUAUUAAAGCUCAAAAUAAAUGAUAAAUUAUAAUAUUUAUAAAAAAUGAAAAUAAUGUAAUUUUAUUCUACACAAAUCUUUUGUACGACAGUAAUAUAUAAGCUAUUAUACCCACAAAUCACAACUUCACAAUAAUUUAUACCUUCUCUCAAACGACUGGUUGAAAUUAUAGUAUACGAGCUUCUUCAACACUACAAACCAGAAGUGUAGCAAACAAUAAAACUUUUAAUUAUAUUUCGUUUUUAACCUAUAUUUUUGUGAUAUCAAUAAGCAUUUUUAACAUCUAUAAAAAUUUUGUACAUAGUAAGAAACAAACAGAAUAUUAAUUAAAUAAGCUAAGAGAACACAUACAUAUA